AUGAACCCUGUUGAUAAUGAUAGUGAUGUUGAAAUUAAAUCAAAUUCAUCAUUUUGGUCGGAUGACGAAGAAGAAGAAAUUACAAAUGAUAAUCAAAGAAAAGCAAUUACAAAUCAAAAACAAUUAUCACGUUAUUUAUCAACAGCUAAUCGUUCAUUACUUGAUCGUCCAAGUGACCUUGUUGCUGAUUUUUAUAUUUCAAAAUUAAAUCAUAGUAUGCAAGAAAGUAUACGACAAGUUGAAAGUAUUGCACAUGAUAAACCCACGUAA